GCCAAACCGGGCUUGUUUAAUAAAAUGGAGGAAUAAGAGAAUAUUCCUCCGAAUAUGCUCCUCCUCCCUCCUAUAAAAGGAGGGGUGCCCCCAAUGUGAAGGGGAGGCCAAUUUUUACACUCUCCCCUGCCCACUUCCUUUCUCUCUCUAGAAUAGUGUGUAUUUUGCUUCUUCUUCAAGAGCUCAAGAGCUUCAUUAAUGGCUUCUACGCUUAAAUUAUGUACCGUGUACACACCCCCGAUAUUAAUAAAAAUUCCCCGUUGGCAAUGUACCGCCAAGAAAGGCCCGUGGUUUUCUCCCGAUUUGGGUUUCCACGUCAAAAUCCCCGUGUUUAUAUUUUGGUGUAUUUUUAGACUAAUUUAUCGUUUUAGCCGGGCUAAAACGGUAUACCGGUCGAUAAUUUACACCAUCAUUUUGGCGCCGACCGUGGGACCCGAGCAAAAAUCCAUGAUUUUGAUGUUUAUCCUUCCUGCUCAUACAAAAAACCCAAAGAAAAGGGGUUAAAAUGAAAAAAAGUGGGUGAUUCAAGAGUGAGAGAGGGAUGAGUUUUCUGAUUUUUUGAUUUUACAAAAAAAGGGAAAGAAAGGAGCCCCCCAAAUUUAAGCGCCCCUGGAUCUAGCUCUGCUGGUACUCCCUACCGGAGCCUGCCGUCGCUACUGCUCAGAUCCGCCGCAGCCACCUCCGCUGAGCCUCCGCCUCCGCCGCCGCCGCUGCUCAAACCCGCCCCAAUCACCACCACAACCAACACUAAACACUGAUGAAGUGUUGCGGGAGCAGAAAAAGAGUUGUACCGCCCUCGUACCCCGCCCAGUAGAUGGAAUUCCGGCAAGGGGUAAUAGGGGUACAAAAAAAACCAGAGAGAUCACUCUCUGUUCGCCGCUGCCGUCGUGGGUUGGCCACCACUGCCGCAGGUUGCUGGAAAUCCAUCAGCAAAGAAAGGAGUGGUCAGCCCGUCGUCCACAUUUAGCGCCAGGAGAUAAAAUCGUUAUUGAUGUUGAUUGACUGUAGAUCUUCACCCGCCGCCGCUAGGGAUCCCUACCACCAUUGAAGGCCAUCGCCGCUGAAGUCAAUUGGAGUCUCUGGGGUAACCCUCUAGGUCUACUGGGGAUGAUACAUACCUACUGCCUAAUCUAAUUUCAACUUAAUUAGGCCCGCCACUCCACCCUAGCUAAAAUCCAUGACUGCCAUUCUUAAAGUACGACGUUGCCAUGAUUAGAGUCCACCAUUGCGAUUCAUCACAGCCCCUUGAUCGGGAUAUGGUUGCUGCCAUUUCACUCUCUCUGAUGACUACCUUCAUCGGAGGACGUAGAUCUCCCGUGUUGCCACCAUUGUUGUUGGGGUACGUCGGCGCCUGUUCUCAAACUCAUCCCCCGGUGUUGCUGAAUUCAUCGAUGUUGCGCCUACAACUGCUCAAAAAUAUUGCUGUAGAAGAUCUGCCGUCAGUAGAGGGAUUUUACCCGACCAUGUUGUUGAAAUCUAUCAACCGCUGAAGCAAAUCACCGACGGUGUUGAUGUUGGAGCUAGUCACUAUUACCCAAAUUGACGACCUUGGUGAUGGAGACCCCCGCUAAUGCUGUUGGGUUACACCCUCAACGCCAUCAUCAACCUCACCCUGGCUGUCCCUCGUCGUCUCCCUGCAACGCGCUACCGGCAUCGCCCUUUGGACUGGGGUCGGAGUGGACGCGUGAGGUUCAUCUCCUUUGGCCAACACAUGGAUUCCAAAACAAGAAGGAAAGAGAAGAUUAUCAUCUCAAAUCAAGCACGUGAAGCUGUGGAAGAUUUCACAAAGGUGGGCCCAUCAUAAAGAGAAGAGAGAUAAAUCCAUGGAGAACCACAAGUGCAUCAUGCAUGUGGUGGGAUUCCUUUUGAUACGGAGUACUCAUCAAUCAUCAUAAAGUAAAUAUGGCAUGCAAGGUUGGGUCCACUUCACUUAUGGUGGUGAAAUAUUGAAGGAAGCUUCACGUAAAAAACUGAAAGGACCCACCACUAACAAGUGAUUGUGGAGUGGGUACAUUACAGCAUGCAAUACAGAGCAAUAAUUUACUACACAAUUUGGGGUCUUUGUUCAUCAAGAUAUGGGCCUGGUCUAGCACACUCCGGUCUUGCUCAAUACUUUACAAAGAAAAGAAAGCCGAGCUUGGUACGCUGGUUACAACACCGGUCUUGCUCAGUAUUAAAAAAAAAGAGGAAGACUGAGACACAAGCCCGGCCUGGCACGCUGGUUACUACACCGGUCUUGCUCAGUAUAAUAAAAAAUAUUAAAAUAUGUGACACAGGCCCGGCAUGGCACGCUGGUAAAUAUCAUUCUUGUGCGUGAGACAGGCCAAGAAUGAUAUACACACCGAUCUUGCACAUAUUUUCUCGUAAGUCUGACCCCAAUCGAAUUGGGUACACCGGUGGCUCAGCUGAGCCCUUAUCGGGGACGCCCGAUUCUUCAUGCCCUUUGAACAAUGCACUCCGGAAGUGGUCUCUACAUGACAUGAAGAUAUUUGCAUCAGUUAGCCGGGCUAACAUCGAUCUUCGACAAAGUUGCUGCAACAUACUUAAUUCGUAUUAAGUAACAUCGAUUACUUCGAUAUACUAAUUUCGCUAUGUGUCUUUUACUUAAUCCGUACUAACAUCGGUCUCGACGAAAUAACUACUUGAAGCACCGCCGCUUCAUCGUACUAACUCCGGUGUCGUAUAACUACUCGAAGCAUCGUUGCUUUAUCGAACUGACAUCGCUCUUGUGACGAUAAUUAUUCACGCGAAUUUUAACCACCCUAACACCGAGCUCCUCGGUAAAGAUAAUAAUUUUUUGAGCACGGCAUAGGCCGGUCAAAAAAAAUGUUGUACAUAUUAUUUUUUGCAGGAAAAACUUCUGAUUCAAGAAAUUAAAGAAUUAAUGAAGACUCGGAGGACUAGCAAUAAUAUCAACCGGCCAAGAAUCCAAAGUACGAAGACUGAAGAUAUCACUCGGAGGACUUGUUUACUUUAUUAAGUUGAUGAUUCUCACAACUUAAAAAAGUGGAGGACUUCUUGAUGGGAAAUAAUACGUGGCUCGGCCCACAUUUUCCAAUUAUUUACGAUGGACAGCCAAACCGGGCAUGUUUAAUAAAAUGGAGGAAUAAGAGAAUAUUCCUCCGAAUAUGCUCCUCCUCCCUCCUAUAAAAGGAGGGGUGCCCCCAAUGUGAAGGGGAGGCCAAUUUUUACACUCUCCCCUGCCCACUUCCUUUCUCUCUCUAGAAUAGUGUGUAUUUUGCUUCUUCUUCAAGAGCUCAAGAGCUCCAUUAAUGGCUUCUACGCUUAAAUUAUG